AUGCCAAGGGGCUUCCUGGUGAAGCGAACUAAACGGACAGGCUGCUCGUACCGAGUUCGCCUUGCGGAGCAUGUCUUCCCUCUGCUGGGGCCCCAGGGGGCGCCGCCCUUCUUGGAGGAGGCUCCCAGGGCCUCCUUGCCCGGUACGGAGCGGGCCGGCGGCGAGCGCCGUGGCAAGGCACCCACGGGCUGCGCGUCUGGACCCGCAGCCGCGGGAAUCAAGAAGCCAAAGGCCAUGAGGAAGUUGAGCUUUGCCGAUGAGGUGACCACAUCCCCUGUCCUGGGCCUGAAGAUCAAGGAGGAGGAGCCCGGAGCGCCGUCUCGGGGCUUGGGGGGCAGCCGCACGCCGCUGGGCGAGUUCAUCUGCCAGCUGUGCAAGGAGCAGUACGCAGACCCCUUCGCGCUGGCCCAGCACCGCUGCUCCCGCAUCGUGCGCGUAGAGUACCGUUGCCCUGAGUGCGACAAGGUGUUCAGCUGUCCUGCGAACCUGGCCUCCCAUCGCCGCUGGCAUAAGCCGCGUCCCGCGGCUGCAAACGCCGCCACAGUCUCCUCCGCCGACGGGAAGCCGCCUUCGUCGUCUUCGGCCUCCCGGGACUCCGGGGCCAUUGCAUCUUUUCUGGAGGAGGGAAAGGAGAACAGCCGGAUAGAGCGGACUGCGGAUCAGCACCCGCAGGCCAGGGACAGCUCCGGGACGGAUCAGCACCUGGACAGCGCCCCGAGGCAGGGCCUCCAGGUGCUGACGCAUCCAGAGCCACCGCUGCCACAGGGCCCCUACACGGAGGGGGUGUUCGGGCGCCGGGUGCCUGUGCCGGGAAGUACCAGUGGUGGCGGGGGAUCCGAAAUUUUCGUGUGCCCAUAUUGCCACAAAAAGUUCCGUCGCCAAGCCUAUCUGCGCAAGCACCUGAGCACUCACGAGGCGGGCUCGGUCCGUGCGCUAGCGCCGGGCUUUGGCUCUGAACGCGCUGCCCCACUUGCCUUCGCUUGCCCGUUGUGCGGAGCGCACUUCCCUACCGCAGAUAUCAGGGAGAAGCACCGGCUGUGGCAUGCUGUCCGCGAGGAGCUGCUCCUGCCCGCUCUGGCGGGGGCUCCUUCCGAAACGCCAGGCCCUAGCGGGCCAUCUGACGGGAGUGCCCAGCAAAUUUUCUCGUGCAAGCACUGCCCGUCCACUUUUUUUAGUUCUCCGGGGCUGACCCGGCACAUCAAUAAGUGCCACCCCUCAGAAAGCCGGCAAGUGCUGCUGCUGCAGAUGCCACUGCGGCCUGGCUGCUGAGGGACGAAAGAAAGGAUGAUUUCGAGGUUGGCCUUAGAGGAAACAGAUCAUGGGAAUUUCUGUGGGGCUUUCUUCAACUUGCAAGUUUACUUUCAUUCCUUCCUAUGUUUCUCCCUCCUAAAAUUCUCCCUGUAGUCAAUGUUCUACCAGAGGAGCAGACAGUGAAAUGUAAUAUCCCUUUCUAGAGCAGGUAUGUAUAUGGUACAAACCUUGAGAUCAAAGACUGUCAGCUUUAAAUCCUUCUCACUUUCCCCACUAAAAUAGGAUUUUUCCCCCUUAAAACUCUGGAGACCCUAACGAAUCCUAUAUGAUUUGUAAUUCCUAUGGAAAGUUGCGGUGAAUGAGUGCAUGUCUCAGUGUCCACAAAGGGUUCUGGCUACCCUUUGGGAGUCACCAAUGUUUUUUUCCUCUUGUCAUCACAGGCGCCUAUGCAGCUUCUGUCUCAAUAGGAUCAGAUAUUUUGCACUGUAUCUGUGAAUUAAAAGUUAUGUGACUGGUGCCAAACUUAAGGAGAUUCAAGACCUGGCAGAAAAUGUAAGAGGAUGUUUGCUGCUUUUGGGGUGCGUGGGGAUCUCCCCCGUAAACUUUCCUUUGCCCAAUUAUAUGUACAUGUCCAUUCUUAAGUUGGUGUUUGGAGGUGGGGAGGAUGCUACUUUACUGGAGUUGAGACACCCCCUAAAAUUCUCAGCUAUUUUGUGUGCAGUAUUCAGGAAGAGCUACUUCAAACCUUUCUUUAAAUGGCUUUUUGGAAAUACAGAAGUCGUUUCCUCAAGUUUGACUGUUUUAAUGGGGUUUCACCCAAAUUGUUUAAUGCUUCUGCUGUAAAUCUCAUACCGUGUAUUCAUUAUGAAAAUAUGUACAGCUUAAGGAAGAUGUUAACACCUAUAAUCCACUAGGGAACUGAAUGGCAAUUUGCUCAAUAUUCAGUAUUUUCUUUUCAGCAGCAACUUUUGAUUUUUUAAAAAAAACCAUUUCAGUGUACAUUCUGUACUAAUUCCUUAAUAGCCAGAGUUGGGACACUGGCUGAGCACUGCUUGACAGAAAGCCCAUAUUUGUAAGACGCUUACCACCAAAUAAAUGUACAUAGUCUGUG